UGUUAUUUUCAUCACUAUAAAUCUCAGAUGAUGGAGUUUAUAUAUAUAUAUAUAUGUAUGUAUUUGGUGAGGGAUUGAAGAGGUUUACUUUGGUAUAAUUGAUUUCUUUGGCAUUUUGAAAUGGCUUCUAGUCAAUUUUCGACCAUUCUUUUUCUCAAAACCUAAUGAUUUUUUUUAAUAAGAAAAAACUCAGGAUGCUAAGUUUGAGAUACUCUCCAGCAAUUUUUACUAGAAGAUUGGAAUCAGAAUCAAUUCAGUUUUCCGGGAAGAUUAGCAGCGUCGUGAGCAAGAUGUGUCCUCCUUUGAUGCCAUUAACUUAUAAUGAGACAACAUUCAAUGGCUUCCGUGUGUGCUGCAAAAGGUCCUCGACCAAGAUAUCCUCGGGUUUGGAAAACCAGAAAGAGAAUUGGGACCAUCUCCAAGUCAGUGAAACUUGUUGAGUGUAUAAAGGGAUUAUCAAAUGUCAAAGAGGAAGUAUAUGGAGCUCUUGAUUCUUUCAUUGCAUGGGAGCUAGAGUUCCCUUUGAUUACAGUGAAAAAAGCUUUAAAGACCCUUGAGAAUGACAAAGAAUGGAAGAGGAUAAUUCAGGUGUCAAAGUGGAUGCUAAGCAAAGGUCAAGGCAGAACAAUGGGUAGCUAUUACACGUUGCUAAAUGCUUUGGCAGAGGAUGGAAGACUUGAUGAAGCUGAAGAGCUUUGGAAGAAGUUAUUUUCAGAGAAUUUGGAGAGCACACCUCGUACUUUCUUUGAUAAAAUGACUUCUAUAUACUAUCGCAGGGGCAUGCAUGACAAGAUGUUUGAGGUAUUCGCUGACAUGGAAGAACUUGGUGUCCAACCAAACAUGUCAAUCGUUUCAAUGGUUGGAGAUGCAUUUCGGAAGCUGGGUAUGUUGGACAAAUACGAAAAAUUGAAGAAGAAAUAUCCACCGCCAAAAUGGGAAUAUCGAUACAUCAAGGGAAAACGUGUUAGAAUUAGAGCAAAACAUUUUGAUAAAUCUGGUGAUGGUAGUGAUGGUGUAAAGAAGUUUGAUGGAGAAACUGACAAGAAGUCUAACGGAUUGCAGGAUAAUGCUGAAGUAGUUUCGGUUAAAAUCCAAGAUGAAUCUAAUCUAUUGGAGGAUUCUGAAACAAGUUUAGAUGAACUCGACGAAGCUGUCAACUCUCUGUAACAACGAUUCAAUGUAUAUUGUUUAUCUGUCCUAAUUGCCAAAAAAAUACAGGGAAAACCAUCUCUCU